AACCUGUACUGCAUCAUGAACCCUCUCGGAUGUGAACGCGCCGCUCGCUCUCGCGAUCACUCAUCUGUAAAAACCUGCAUCGUCGGCGACCAUCUCCUCCGCCUCACUCCGCUCAUCACAUCCUCAUCAGGGAAAGGAUCAGUGGGCAGAAAGCGUUCAGGAAUGAACCAGGUGAUUGCAACAUGCUGGACUUGCCUCCUGCUCUCCGCCUUCAUGUUUGAGCCUGCGCUGUCAAAAGGAGGUCGUGGUGGCUCCCGGGGCUCCUCACGUGGAUCUCCCUCUCGCAGCUCCACCGCAGGGACGUACCGAGCGGGGGGCCCCGUUGGUGGGACCCGCUCCCGCUUCAGGGUCGCAGGGCGGUCGUCCCCGGUGAGGGUGGCAAGUGCAGCAGCAGCAGGGGCAGCGGUGGCGUUGACGGCAGACAAAUGGUACGCGUCUGCCUUCCGCCGCCGCAGCAGCAGCAGCGACAGCUCUGAUGAAGACCUGGAGUACUACAACAGGACCAACUACUUUGAUGCACUGAUGUCAAGAUCCACUGAAAAUGGAUCUUUUCUUUCCAGAGCGCUUUCAGUAAUCAUCGCCACAUUAUAUCCAACAUAUGAACUCCUAUUGGACAAUAUAUUGUAGACGUCAAAGCUGAACUUAGGCUGUUUUUCAGACAAGGCUGUAGACUGAACCGGGGAAAGAAGCAGUGCUGGAAUGCACAGCACAACAGGGAUGGAGGAAUGCCAUCACACAAACUGUAUGUUUUUACACAAAACCAUUUAUACCAGUAAGGAAAAUGUACAUUCCUCUCACAUUUCACCUCAAAUUUGUCAGAUUUUUAUUUCCAGUAAAAGGGGAAAAAAGCUUCAGUUAAAAAAACACUCCACUGCCAACCUACUGGAAUAUAUUUCACCAUUUUCAUAUUUAACACAGUUCAUUCACUUUUAUGGUUUUAAAGAAGUGAUUUGUUAAAAACUGAAUUACAAGACGAAGAAAAAAAUCACCAGCAUCUUUUAUUUCUUUCUUUAAACUGUAACCCCCCCAUCAGCUACUUUUUCUUAAGAAUAGUUUUUAUAAUUUACAGCCUCAGACAUCAUUACCUUUCCCUUUAAAACAUGUUAGGCUGUCUGUGUGAUGGUGACAUUUCCUUAUGAAGUCAAAGAACAAAAAAAAUCAGAUUUACAGGUUUUUUAAAGAUUUUGUAACACUUGGAAUUGAACCGUAUUCAUAUCUUUAUUUAUUAUUUCAUAUUCCCCCCCAGCAGACUUCCUCUGCACUCAGGAGCAGACUGUUCCAAAGCUAUAAUUGCACUCCAUUAUAACCUGCAAACACUUGUGUACAUAAUAAAGUUUGUUAUCACUGUCUUUAUGCUAAUAAAUAUCCUGUUUAUUCUGUCAAA